CACGGACCUAGCUCCUCGUGCCUCAGUCUCCUCCAUGUAAGCAUGGAGACAGCAGUAGUGCUGCCUGCAUGGCUGGCUGUAGAGGGCUUGGCACGUGCCAGGCACACACGUGGCUGUGACGAUGAUUAUAUCAGUUAUGCACCAGUUUCUUUCUUGUUUGGAUGCCCAGCUUGGAGGUGAAUACUGGAAGUUGGGACCAAGCAGGCUGGAGGGAGUGAAAACACCCUCUGCCCCAGAGGUGCUGGCUCCCAGAUGCCCGCUGGUCCUCACCACAGACUGGAGAAGGGGCAUGGGGUGGUGGAAAGCUCCAGAAUCGGCCUCAAAGAGAUGGGCUCGGGUUCUGCCUUCACAGGCUCCCCAACCUUCCGGGCUGUUUCCUUGGUCUGCAAAGCGAAGCACAGACGCUUGCUCUGCCAGCACACCGGGGAAGUUAGGAGGACCAGAAAAGGUAUUGGAGGUAGGCACGCUUUAGAAAGUGGAAAGAUGUGUACAUUUCCUGAAAGCUUCUCUCUCUCUCACCGGUAGAUUUUAGACUGGCUGAAACCUGGGGCCUUGGGGGUCAACCUGGUGGUGGAGAAGACUGACACCAAAGUAAAGCACGUGAUAAAGCAGGUGGAGUGCAGUGAUGAGCAUCAGGCCAAUGAGGCCCUGGAGGAGCUCAUGCCGCUGCUGCAGCUUCAGCACGCCCAUGUCUCCGUGUACCAGGAGCUGUUUGUCAUGUGGAACAGUGAGAUCUCCUCCCUGUUCCUCUGCCUGGUGAUGGAGCACCACGAGGGAAGCUUCCAGACAGUCAUUGAGAAGAAGAGGGCGGCCAAGACAGUCAUUGACUCUAGGUGGCUGCAGAACAUGCUGGGCCAGGUGUUGGACGCGCUGGAAUACCUGCACCAGCUGGACAUCAUCCACAGGAACCUCAAGCCCUCCAAUGUCGCCCUGGUCAGCAGCAACCACUGCAGGCUGCAGGACCUGAGCUCUAACACGCUGAUGGCUGACCGCGCCAAGUGGAACAUCCGUGCAGAGGAAGACCCCUUUCAGAAGUCCUGGAUGGCCCCCGAAGCCCUCAGCUUCUCCUUCAGCCAGAAGUCUGAUGUCUGGUCCCUGGGCUGCAUCAUCCUCGACAUGGCCAGCUGCUCCUUCGUGGAUGCGACGGAAGCCAUGCUUCUGAGGAAGUCCAUGCGGAGUUCCCCCGAUGGCCUGAGGGGUGUCCUGAGGACCAUGGAGGAGAGGAAGGUCCCCGAUGCGAAAAUCUUCAAUUCCCUUUUGCCUCUGAUGCUUCAGAUCAACCCCUCGGAGCGAAUAACCAUCAGGGCCCACGCAGGCGGAAGUGGCAGGGCCCAGCACCGUCCUCCCCGGGCCCUCCUGGGGGGGAUUGCCGGCACGGCCGCUGGACACACUGCUGACACCAGGAGAGGUGCUACCCAACGGGCUCCCCAAGAAGGUGCAUCUGGCGGCCAGGGCAGAGGUGAGGUGGCGGGCUCUUUGCUCCUCCCCAGGGACGUGAUUCACAUCACCUGCGUGAGCCACAACUUCCGGUCUUCCAGCACCGCCCUGGCGCUGCACGGGCCCGUGAUGCCCUUGCCCAUCAUUGACACGCUGUUAGAGACCAACGUUGCCAGCAUCUUAGAGGUCAUGCAGAGCUUCUCCAGCCAGCCCGAAGUCCAGCACAGGGCCAUGAAGAGGCUCCUGAAGAUGCCCGAAAAUCAGCUAGGUCUGCCGUGGCCAAUGGAGCUGGUGGAGAUGCUGGUCGGCAUCAUGAAGCAGCACGAGAGGGUCCCUGACGUCCAGCUGUGUGCCUGCUCCCUGCUGCUGCGCACCCUGGGCCACGCGCUGGCGCAGGACCCAGCAGCCGUGGUGCCAAGCGACAGCGCCAUCACCCCCGUCCUGCUGAGCGUCAUGCGGAGCCACCCUGAGAAGCAGGAGCUCCUAGUCCUGGUCUAUGGCCUGCUCGCCAUCGUCGCCAGCCAGGAACCGGCCACGGAUGAGCUGCAGAAGGCUGGGCUGUUUGAGCACAUCCUGGAGCACCUGGACACUUUCUCCAGGAACCGGGACAUCUGCAUCAACGGCAUGAGCCUGCUCUGGGCCCUGCUGGUGGAUGCCGUCGUCGUGGACAAGGCCCCCUUGGAGAAAGCCCCGGCCCUCACUGCCGAGGUGAUGGCCACCUACCCCGCGGACGUGGAGAUGGCCGAAGCCGGCUGUGCAGUCUUGUGGCUGCUGUCCUUGCUGGGUUGCAUAGAGGAGCACCAGUUUGAAGAGGUGGUGGUGCUGUUCCUGCGAAGCAUCCGGCUGUGCCAGGACCAAGUCCUGCUGGUGAACAACGCCUACCGCGGGCUGGCCAGCCUCGCCGAGGUGUCCGAGCUGGCGGCCCUGCAGGUGGUGAUGCCCAAGGAGGACAGCAGCGGCCUCACCCUGCUCCAGGAGACGUACCAGCUCCACAGGGAUGACCCGGAGGUGGUGGAGAGCAUCUGCGUGCUGCUGGCCCAGCUCGCCUCCUAUGACGACAUCCUGCCAGAGUUGUUGUCCAGCGGCACCCAGCCCCUGGUCGAGGAGAUCCAUGGGCGCUUCACCUCCAGCCUGGAGCUGGUUUCUGACGCAGGGCGUGUGCUCCGCAGACUGGAGGCUUCGCAGCGCUGCUCCGAGGGCGGGCAGUAGGUGCCUCCCGGGCCCCCCCUCCCCUUCCCUGGCCUGUUCCUCUGGGAGCUGCCGGACUGGGCAUCCCCUCCGGGGUUACGCGGGGUGGGGGGGAGGAAGAACCGCCACCCAGGAC